AUGAGCAAACCUGUCAUUCUCUAUAGUUACAGGCGUGGCACAAACCCGUGGAAGGUCGCAAUGGCAUUGGAAGAGCUCAUGGUACCAUAUGUCACCAAGUUCUUGGACAAGCCAGAGAUGAAACAAGAGCCAUUUGAAAAGAUCAAUCCGAACGGUCGAGCCCCGGCUAUUGUAGAUCCCAACACCGGAAUCACAAUCUGGGAAUCAGUCGCAAUCAUCGAAUAUCUUGUUGAAACGUACGACAGAGACCACAUCUUUACCUAUACUACUUCGCCAGAGAAGUGGGAAUUGAAGCAGUGGCUCUAUUAUCAAAUGUCCGGUCAGGGCCCAUACUUCGGCCAAGCCUCAUGGUUCAUAUUAUACCACGAAGAGAAGCUCCAGAGCGCCAUAGACAGAUACCUUCGAGAAAUCAGGCGCGUAGUUGGAGUUCUGGAUAGGUAUCUACAGGACAGGGAGUAUCUCGUUGGAGACAAGUUUACCAUCGCCGAUCUCUCGUUCAUCACCUGGAACAUGUUGGUUCCAUGGCUUUUCAGCAGGGGUGCAAGCAAGCAGACUCUCGACAUUGAGAAGGAAUUCCCUGCUUACAAUGCUUGGCAGCAGAGGAUGAUGGCUCGCCCUGCGGUGAUCAAGGUUGUCAACGACAGAAAAGCUGCCAUGGCUGAGGCUGGUAUGGUUCCAAACUGA